AAGUUUUUGUCAUAUUUUUCUCAUUCAUGAAAAAAUUAUACAAUAAAAAACUUUAAACAAUGAAACUAGCCGUGAUCUUAUUAUUAUUUUUGGGCGUAUCAGUCUCGAGCAAGAUGACUGCCAAGCAAAAACAUCGAUGUGAAGAGUAUACAUCGAUUUUCGAAAAUGAUACAACCGAAUUGCAAUACAGUUAUUGUGAAAAUAUCCAUGAUGGCCGAGGAUAUACUGCUGGCCGUGCAGGUUUUUGUACAGGUACAGGUGAUGCUGUCGAAGUUAUCCGAAAAUAUUCAGCUAUUAAACCGGAUAAUUUAUUAAAAAAAUAUAUCAAGGAAUUGGAAAUUUUGUCCAAACAUGAAAGUGGUGAUACAUCCAAACUUCAUGGAUACUGUACAGCAUGGAAAGAAGCAGCAAAAGAUCCUGAAUUUCGUAAAUGUCAAGAUGAAGUAAGCGAUGAAAUUUAUUACAAGCCCGCAAUGCAUGAAGCUAAUCAAGCAAAUGUUCAAACACCUUUAGGAAGAUGCGCAUUUUAUGAUGCAAUCAUUCAACAUGGUGGCGGUGAUGAUCCGGAUUCAUUGAGUGCCAUCAUCAAACUGACCAAAAAAACAAUGAAUGGUGUAGUUAAUGGAAAUGAGAAGCAUUGGAUUAUGAAAUUUUUCGAAAAACGAAAAUACAUUUUACAACAUGCCCAUAAUCCUGAUACGCGUAAAGAAUGGGCUCAAUCAAUCGAUCGUGUUGAUGCUAUGAUCGAAUUGGCGAAUCAAAACAAUUGGAAUUUAAAUGUACCAAUGCACAUUAAAACUAAAGACCAUGAUAAAACGAUUAAGAAUUGAAUCAUAAUGAAAUAAUUUGAAACAAAAUAAAAAUAAAAUUUUUGAAUCCUU